AUGGGUCUUUUGCGCUGCAGCUUGGCGUUGCCCAUCCUCCUCUACUUUGUAGCCUUUGUUUAUGGCUACGAUGAAAACCUGAAGGUGACCGGAAACACUGUUUCGUUCCAAGUCAACUUAACAUGGGAAAACUGGCAACCCGCAGGGAUUCAUCGUAAGAUGAUCCUGGCCAACGGUCAAUUCCCAGCUCCGUCGUUGGAUUUGAAGCAAGGGGACGAUGUCGAGUUUUUGGUUGUCAACAGCAUGCCUUUUUCUACGGCUGUCCACUUCCAUGGCAUUCACCAGCAAGAUACUCCAUGGUCUGACGGUGUUCCUGGUCUCUCGCAGCGGCCGAUUCCCUCCGGAGGGUCGUUCCUCUAUAAAUGGAGAGCGACAAACCAUGGAAGCUACUUCUAUCACGCCCACAAGCGCGGUCAGCAGGAGGAUGGCCUUUAUGGCCCGAUCCAUAUUCUUGCCGCUGCGUCGGUUGAAAGGCCCUUUGCUUCUAUUUCGAGCGAUCCGCACGAACUCAAAGCCCUAGAAAAGGCUGAGAGCAGAUCUACCCCAAUCAUGCUCUCUGAUGUACGCCAGCUGGCCUCGGAGGAAAUUUGGGAGGCUGAAGAGGCAAUGGGCCUCGAUGCAUUAUGCGCGAAUGCUUUGCUCGUGAACGGUAAAGGAUCAGUGAGUUGUCUAGGGAAACAAAACCUAGACAGGUAUACCACCGAAGCGCAAAGGGGAGUUCUCGGAAACCAAAGUUUGACUGAUAUUGGAUGCAUUCCGCCAACGAACAUAGUCGCUCAGGGAACCUUUCAACACAAUCUCAGCGCCAUUCCUCCGUCAGUCUUUUCGGGUUGUACACCAAGCCGUGGCCUGAGAGAACGGCUUUAUGCGAACGCUACCGAAAUGUACGUUAGCUACGAUCUAAUCAGCUCGGCCAUGAUUUCAACAAUUACGUUCUCAAUCGAUGAGCAUCCCAUGUAUGUUUAUGCAGUUGAUGGAGAAUAUAUCGAACCGAUGCUAGUUGAUGCGAUCACCAUCACCAACGGUGCCAGAUACUCGGUAUUAGUCAAGCUAGACAAACCAGCAGGCGACUACACUAUUCGCAUGGCGAAUACUGGCGUCAAUCAAAUCCUGAACGGCACUGCACUAAUGACAUAUCACAACGGUAGCCAUAUUCAACCCCAGAAGCAGCCUUCAGUUCCAUCUAUCGACAUUGUUGGAGCACCUACGUUACCAAUCCACACUGUUUUGGAUGAAUCAGCUAUCGUCCCAUCCGCGCCCCAGAACGUGGCUCAUGCACGGGUAGCUCAAACCCAUGUUCUAACCCUUGAGCGCUUUGAUCAAUCCUAUACCUGGACCAUGGGCAAUUCGAGCUUUCCUCUAGCCUUGGAAGAGGCGUCGCCGCUCCUCUUCUACCCUAAAACAGGUCGCAAAAACCUUACCAUCGGCACCCACAACGGAACAUGGGUUGACCUGAUAUUCGACGUGGCGAAUGCCCUCCAGCCCCCUCAUCCCAUCCACAAGCACUCCAACAAAUUCUUCGUCAUCGGUCAGGGUGAAGGGAAAUGGAACUACUCUUCUGUAGCCGAGGCCAUGCACUAUAUGCCCGAGAACUUCAAUUUCAAAACUCCCCAGAUCCGAGAUACCUUUGCAACCCCUCCGGCCGCGACUGGUCCGACUUGGUUAGCGAUUCGCUACCACGUCGUCAACCCUGGGGCGUUCCUGUUACAUUGCCAUAUUCAAGUACACCAGAGCGGAGGUAUGGCGUUGGCCCUCUUAGAUGGGAUUGAUGAAUGGCCUGAAAUUCCAGACGAAUAUCAACUGGGGAAAUCUGGUUUGGAGGAAUGA